CUUGUCAGUGUGAUUCCCUUCAGAGGCAAUGUGUGUGGCUGUAACCCAGUUAGUUGUGUGUAGUCUAGAGAGGCUGCACAGAGGGGUAGUUGCAAGCAGGAGGUACAGCUUUAAGAAGUGAUGCGGUACCUGUCACAGUAUCCACCGCGAGUGAUAUAUGUACCCUGCCUUCGAAGUUCUUUGGUAAGUACCAGCCUCACCGAAUCCCAGAGUGAUGUUAUAUUUCCCCAACAGCUGCGGUCGGGUAAUGCGGGCCUGUCCCAAAGGCCUUGACUUUCGGCCCUUGCUCUCGAUGUGCAGAGCAGCGAGCAGACCCUCAAGCAGGUCCUCCAAUGGAGUCCGGUCGGUCGGUGAGAAUGUGAGGAGGCAGACCCAGUUUUAGAGCAGCCCCACACAGCACCCAAGCGUCAGAUGGAAUCAGAUGAAAUUAUCCCGAGAGGAGAAUCACAAUCACAGCAAAAUAAUUUAGGAGGUGGUCGAAUGUGACCUGACUGUUGAGUUCUAGCCAAAAUCAUGGGACGACCACAGAAGCCUCCUCCAGGGCAGCAUAAACACUGUGACUUAUGCUUCAACAAACGAUGCCAAGCACCAGUAAACGUCGGCGUCUCUUGUUCAAUGAUCGCCUGCCGGACACACUGCGGUGCCACCUUCCAUCUAUGUAAAGAAGAUGAGCAUCGCCUGCUUUGCCCUCUUGAAUGGGUUCCUUGCCUAAAUUCAGUUUUUGGAUGCCCAUUCUCUAUGUCUCGUUCCAAACUGACAAAGCACCUGAAGGUUUGUCCUGCAAGUGUGGUCUGUUGCUCUAUGGAUUGGAAUCGUUGGCCUGUUAUUGACAAAGAAGGACCACUAUUUGAAAACCUUACAAAGGAAGAGCAGAACGAAGAAUGUCUAGAUGUGGCCCUAGCUCUUAGAGACCAGAACAUUCUGUUCAGCUCUUUGAAAAUGUCAGAAUUCUACCCAGAACUGUCAGAAAAUCCCCAAAAUAUAAUAAGUCUAGAGAAAGACGAUGACACUAUGGAAGAAGUCGGUGCAGUAGGAGGAACAGAUUUGCAGCUGAAUGAUAUAGAGUUGAAUAACGGUGAAGUUGGUCUUACACAAUAUGAACGUGAGGCUCUGGCAAGGAACAAAGGAGGAGAUCUAGAUGCAUCAAUAUUUUCUGAUUGGGAAUCUAUUUUCAGUAAAGAAAAAACAGCAGCUCAGUAUUUGGAGUCCAAUGCAGCCCAAAGCAAUAGCAACACUUCAAAAACUAGCAAAAAUACAACUGCCAAGAGCAAAAUGGUUGAUAAACAGGAGGAAACUAAAACACAAGAUGAAAAGAAGAAGCAGAAUGUGAACAUGGAGACAACCGGUUUGGCUCCUUGGCAGGAUGGCGUGCUAGAAAGGCUGAAGACUGAAGUGGAUUGUGGAAGUUACAAUAUGUACUUGGUCCAUCAUGGCAGUAUGCUGAUCCAAUUCGGUCAAAUGGCAGCAUGCACUCCUAAAGAGAAAGACUUUGUUUAUGGCAAACUUGAAGCACAAGUAGUCAAAUCCGUGAACACAUUCAAAAUACCAGAUAGCUACCACUGGAGAAGAGCAAGACCAGGUGAAGACCGCCCUAAAGUAGUAAAAGAACAGUCAGUCGACACUUCAGACUUAGGAAUCCAACAGCAGGACUUACCCUUAUCAGAUGCGAUUUACAAUACCUUGCUUUGUGCCCUGGAGAAGGAGGUGAGAGGUCACACAAUAUCAGAAACAAACGCUCUUGCUUGCAUGCUGACUGAUAUUGGGACACAGACUUUUGAUUUUGGCAUGGAUGCUUUUUCUGACAAGAUUGUUUUAUUAGAUACUCUUCCACAUAGCAGAAAUGUAGGACUUCAUCUAGACAUAGAGACUGAGUGUGUUACCAGAAGAAACAACACAAACAAUUCAGCUUUCAGCUUCUCCUGCAACCUCUUCUUCAGGAGAGAUGAGUUUUCCUUCCAUUUUAAAAAUGCCCACUGUGAUAUACAAUCUGAUCUUAAUGGGUGGUUCCACCAGAGAUGCCCACUUUCUUACUUGGGUUGCACUUUUGCACAAAACAGGUUUCACCCAAAAAAGCAGAAGGCCCAAGUCAUCUACAACAAGGAGCUUAAAACCUUUGGCAUGAAACCACUGGUGGCCGAUACGUUAUAUGAGGGUGUAAGACCUAACCUUUCAAGAAGUAAUAGAGGGAAAAGCAAAGAUUCUUUGACCACUCUGCCACUAGAGGUCCUGCAGCACAUUGCUGGAUUUCUGGACAGUUUCAGUCUAUCUCAGCUAUCACAGGUGUCUGUUUUGACGAGGGAUGUUUGUGCCACAUUGUUACAUGAGAGAGGCAUGGUCCAUUUAUGUUGGGAGAAGAAGACAUAUUCUCAUGGAGGGACAUCGUGGAGAUCUCGAAAAAAGGUUUGGAAUUUUAGCAGCCUCUUCUCCAAGGUUCACCACUGGGAGUUUGAUGAUGCCCCAUCCAUGGCUGAACACCUGAAGAUCUGUCCAUUUAAUUCCAGGGAAGCCAAAAAAGAACGUUUUAAGCUUCCCAGUUUGUACCAGACAGGGCAGCCAGAGCAGAAGAAGGAGACCCUGCUGUCUUUACGAAAGACUCUUUAAAGGAAGCUGAAGCAAACUUGAUCAGGGACAGGGAAGACCCUAUCCAUUCUAGAAAUCAAAAGGGAAUCUCCACAAAUACAGAGUGAAGUUUGAUGUUACAAGCAGGUGAAUAUUAUGAAAUAGAAAUAUAAUUUUAAAAAGCAGGUAGUCGAGGAAUACUUGGUUAGCAGAUUACUGACGCGUUUUAAAGCACCAGGUAAGCAGUGUUGAUAGAUAAACUGGGCAUUGUUGUCCAAGCUAUAGUAUUACUAACACUAAUCAAGAUUUCAGUAAAUUAAAGCAAAGCUCAAAAGAGAAACUAAAUUAUCUUGCGUGAUACAAAUCCAAAGCU